UCUUUUUCAUUUUGAGUCCAGGUCCUGCUGUGUGCAACGCUUAUUUAUUUUACCUUUCGGCUGGUUGUUUUGGCACGUUUGGAGCAUUUUCCGCCCCAUUUCAACUCACUUUUCCGAGGUUUCUUUCGGAUUGUAUCGGAGCAGCGGCAGCAGCUCUGUCGGCUGUGCUAGGCCUACGUCGACCUCAAAAGCACUUAUGGACUUUGAGAAAACAAACUAAACUGUCUUCUAAAUAGAACGGGCGCAUUCCUGAUGCAGGCCUAGAGCGGCUGACUCUGAACGAGGGUUACAUCAACGGGACACAUCACUUCAUGAUGGAGCCGGGUCAGCUGGUGCAGGAGUCCUUCAGUGUGGAGGAGCAGCCCCCAGAGCCGCCCGUCAUCACCGUGGAGAGUGGAGAGGAUGGGACCACACGCCGCACAGAAACCAAUGUAAAGAAAGUAAUAAAGACCACUACUACACGCACAGUCAUCCCCUCUGUGUCGGACACCUUGUCUCUGGACGGAGGUGGCUCGAUGACAGGUAUGGGCUACACCACUCCUUACAGGCCGGCACCAGGUGGGCCCAUGGACUACCCCACUCACACUGUACCUCGCAACUACCACUACGGACCACCAGGGGGCUACGAUGACUACAGAGGCGGACCCCCAUCUGAAACUUAUGCCAGCCUUACCCGAGGGGCCCGCAUCGACGAUCGCUACAGGCCAGUUCACCCAGAUGGUUACAGGACGUUGGAUCCAAACUACAGAGCCCAGAGCAGAGGCCAGCUGGACCCCUAUGCAGCCCAACCACAGGUCGGACGUGGUAGUGCAAUGGAGCUAUCGUCCAUCCCCCGGUUUGUCCCUGAGCCCUAUGGCUUGGAAGACGACCAGCGCAGCAUGGGGUCUUAUGAGCCUGACUACGGCAUGGGACAUCCUAUGCACUACAGCACAGUGCCCCGCAACCACCACGCCUUCCCCCAUGCCCCGCCACGACGAGCAGGGAGUUAUGAGGGCACUUUAGAUGGCGAUAUGAGUGGUCCUGCAGACAUGUACUACUGGGGGGGUGCUCCUCUGGCUCAAGGCGAGAGGGGCAGCAUGGCCUCUCUCGACAGCACCCUGAGGAAACCCCCCGGGCCCGGCGUUUGGCGUCAACCGGAGUUACCAGAGGUCAUCGCUAUGCUUAACUACAGGCUGGACCCGGUCAGGAGCAACGCAGCCGCUUAUCUACAGCAUCUCACCUACAAGAAUGAUAAGGUGAAAACUGAUGUACGUCGUCUUAAAGGCAUUCCAGCGCUGGUCUCGAUGCUCGACAACCCAAACAGAGAGGUUCACUAUGCAGCAUGUGGAGCACUAAAGAACAUUUCCUACGGCAAAGACCCAGACAACAAGAUUGCUAUAAAGAACUGUGAUGGCGUCCCUGCACUGAUUCGACUUCUGCGAAAAACCCGCGACCAGGAACUUACCGACUCCAUAACAGGCACUCUGUGGAACCUGUCCUCACACGACUCAGUGAAGAUGGAGAUUGUGGACCACGCGCUUCACGCUUUGUCUGACGAGGUGCUGGUGCCUCACUCGGGCUGGGAGAGGGGUAGCAACGGGGCCGGAGGAGGUGAGGAGAACUGCAAACCCCGACAUCUGGAGUGGGAGACAGCCCUGACCAACACAGCCGGCUGCCUCAGAAACAUAAGUUCGGAGCGCAGUGAGGCGAGGAGGAAGUUGAGAGAAUGCACAGGGCUGGUAGACUCUCUCAUGUACAUUGUCCAGUCCCAGAUCGAUUGUAAAGAUGUUGAUAAUAAGUUGAUAGAGAACAGUGUGUGUCUGCUGAGGAACCUGUCCUAUCAGGUGCACCGUGAAAUCCCCGGUGCUGAUCGCUACCAGGAGGCCACGCCCCUCACUCAAGGGUCCUCGUCCUCCGGCCAAAAGGGCGGGUGCUUCAGCUCCCGAAAAAGCAAAGAUGAGUGGUUUUCUAAAGGUAAGAAAGAAGAUAAUCUUGGAGAGGACACGGUAGACAUCCCAAAAAGGACAACUCCAGCCAAAGGAUAUGAGCUCUUGUAUCAGCCCGAGGUGGUCCGGAUCUACACGUCUCUCCUGAAAGAGUCGAAAAACCCCACUGUGUUGGAGGCUUCAGCUGGAGCUGUUCAAAACCUGUGUGCUGGGCGCUGGACUUAUGGCAGAUAUAUCCGGGGGAUGCUGCGUAAAGAGCAGGGGCUGCCCAUGAUGACAGAACUUUUGGCCCAUGGCAACGACCGUGUUGUCCGAGCCAUGUCUGGAGCCCUACGCAACCUGGCCAUCGACCCAAGAAACAGGGAGUUAUUGGGUCAACAUGCAGUGCCUCACCUGGUGGCGAACCUACCUGGAGGUGGUCAGAGCCAGCCGGUCAGAGCUCUGUCUGAGGAGACGGUGGUAUCUGUACUGAGCACGCUCCACGAGGUCCUGGGCUCCAGUUUAGAGGCAGCCAAGACUCUGAGAGCGUCACAGGGAAUAGAGAGACUCGUGCUCAUCAACAAGGACGGUAACCGCUCGGAGCGUGAGGUGCGGGGGGCUGGCCUGGUACUGCAGACUGUGUGGGGAUACAAGGAGCUGCGACGGGCCUUGGAGAAGGACGGCUGGAAGAAGACGGACUUCAUGGUGAAUCUGAGCCACGUCAACCCCCCCAGCAACACCCGCGCCAACGGAGGCUAUGAGGAAAGCACUCAGCCACUCAUAGACAAAGGGGCCAAAGGGGAUAGAGAUAUGAUUCCGAUGAAUGACUUGGGACCAGAUGCCUACUCCACACUGGAUCAGAAAGGGAGAAGGAACACUCUGGACAACACACUCGAACCUGCUGACAAAGAUGCGGUCCAGGGAGGGAUGUAUGAGAGACAAGCCUCUUUGCCUCUCUUGGAUUCUUACGAUGGUUAGGCCACACCCACAGUUCACUGCAUGUCCCGCAUGAAAAACUAAUCGUGUGCAUCACCAGACGACAGCCUCCUCCCACCUACUGCCCUUGCUGAACUCAUAAAAUGGAGGACCACUUCCAAACCAAUGACUCCUGACUCCAUUUGUGCAUCUGAUCUUCUGUCUUUCCUCAAAAUCUUUCUCAAAUUGCUUCUCUCUUCCUCCUCUUACCAUUUACAUUCCUCCUCCGUUGUGGCUCUCCUGUGGAUAACUGGACAUUUAACUAAAAAAGAAAUGCCACUUUAUUCUUACCUUCAACAAACACUAUGGAAAAAAACACUAAAUGGGAAGAAAGAAGUCUUCUCUGAACUUUAUUUCGUUUAAGCAUUGUCUAAAUAUGGCAAACUAUGGGGUCCAAAUGGGACACUUUCUUGGUGGUAAUCUACAGGAAUGCAUAUUACUGUUUUGGAAGAAAAAAUGAGGGAAUGUGUAUUUUUCUGUAAUGUUUAAAUACUAAAUAAUUCCUGACAAAUGAUCUUUAUUAACCUCCUAAUCUCAAACUUGUGCUACUAUUAUUCAGUUGUGGUUCUCUUGCUUUUUGCACUGUACCACGUUUUUGUACAUGUGCCAAAAUGUUCCUGCUACUGCCGCAUCUGCCAAUACAAAUGCAUUCAGAUUUUGACUUUAUAUAGAAAGUGCUCACGGCCUUUACAAAUAUGCAUAUUUGAUUCACUUUACCAAAAUGCAUGAAGCUGCUGCAUUUUCUGAUCAUGAAUGUCACCUGUAGAUUCAAAUGGGAUUUGAGAAUAGUCUUGAGCUAACUAAUUUUUUCAUCUUCAACUUGACAACAAUUAGUAAAAUGUUAUGGAAAAGUAAAGUUUUAGUAGCUAAAUUUAUAAAUUAAAUUAAAUCUCAUGCAUAACCAAUCGGGCGUUGAACGAGAAUAAUACAAAAUGGCCCAAUUUCUACAAUGUAAAGAGAUACAAGUCCAAACAAAAUGUGAAAUAUUAAGUAGUAGUGGCUAUGUUUUAAUUGAGAUUAAAUCUGUAUAUUAAUUUGAUGUUUUAUAGGUUAAUCAUAGGUCUCAUAGUGAUGAUGGAUUUUGCACUGUUACCAUAGCAAUUAACAAUUCAAAACAAAAUAUUUGAAAUCCAUGAUUAUUUGGUUUUCACAAACUGACCAAAAUCACAACAACUUCAAUCUAUUACUCUGUGUAUUCUCUCACAUCUGCUGCUUGGAGUGCUCACUUAGAAUUUUUUAAUUUGCACUGCAUAACUUUUUAUGUGGGCUGCUCAUCUCCAUGGAGAUGUGACUGCUACGUAGUAUGGCAUUAAACCUAUUCAGUUUCAUAUUAAAUUCAUCAGAGGUGUUUUUCUCACUCUUUAAAUACAUACACUCUUACUGUGAGCGGGGACGCCUCUACACAGAUCUGAUCUGCUACUUGACCAGGUGGCACCGUCUGCUUGUCUCCAUGGAUCUACAUAAGUUUAAUGCCAAACUGUGGAAAUGUUAUUGCUUUGCCUAGAAUGUUCCUCAGAGACAGGAGGUGGUAUACACUUUACCAGAAAGGUUACUCAGAGCACCUUUAAUCUAUUGUAAGAACUACUUUUCCAUGACAUUUUAACUAAUUGAUGGGCUGUACAUUUAACGAGUUUAUUGAAAUAUCCUUUAGUAGUUAACAAUUGUCUUAUUUUUGGUAAACUCGUCACUGUAUGUUCCUUCUUUUUGUAACAUUUGAGGGAUAUUGCUGCAGUGAGACUAAUGUCGGGGGGUCCUUUCUAACUUCAGGUCUAUAUUCUUAUUGAAUGUGUACAUAUAAAAUGUCGGUAACAGUGUCUUAAUAGUGGGCCAAUGGAGUGCCUCUGUGUCCUGCUUAACACUAUACAACAUGACUAAAAUCAAUAUCUUUUACUCAACUUGAUAUAAGUUGAGUUGAACUUUUCUACUCAAGAUAACGGUUAAUAUGUGAACUUAAUGUUACGUAUGAUUCUUGUGGGAUUGGCAUUUUAUAAGGUAUUAAACUUCACUGUUCAAACAUGUAGUCUAAACUCUACAAAAGCAGUGUUUUUUCUGCUAACUUUUGCUUUUCCUGACACAAAUACCUAAUGCAAAUUGAGGUGUACAUAAUUACAUUAAGUAUAGGGGGUUAACCAUCUUUUUCGAUAAUUUUUGUUGCUUUUUCUUGUAUUUUUUUCUUAAGCCAAUCCAAACACUACAAAGUUGCCUUCAAGAGUGGACUGACAAAGAGGACAUUUGGGGAGAGCAAGGGUUCAUUAAAGUAAUUGGUGUCAUUAUGGAGGCAAAGACCAGAAUUUGCUAUAGUUAAAAAGGAGUAAAAAAUAAAAAUAAAAAAGCACAUUUAAACUAUAUAUACCAGAGAAUAUUUGUUAAUUUUAAUGCUUUUAUGUAUUUUUGUGUUUCUUUUUAUAUUGAUUUUUGGUUUAAUUGUUUUGGGUGCUUUGGGUGAACGCAUAUGCAAUCAGUUGUAGUUUGAUUCAACAGUUUGUCUUAAUUAAAUGCAAAAAACAAAACAAAAGAAAAAAAAACUUUCAGCCUUCAACAUACUGGAAACACUAAUGACAAGAAAAUCUGAUUAAUUGUUAUGCCUUGGCUCUUAAAGUUGCACAUUUAUGAAUGAAACAUGUAACUAGCAAUACUGUUUUUAAUAAAAGAGAAAAUGAUUUUUCAAAAUAA